AUGUCUGAUUCCAUCCCGAUCCCCAUCAAGGACACGCAGAAACAACUGCCGAUGUCACCUCUUUCACUCAGUACCGAGGAUGGUGGCGAGACAGAAAGAGCCAUGGCGUCGCUUGCACCUAUGCUCGAGUCAUUUGCUCCAAAAACCAGUGCUGAAGAGUCUAAAGAUGGAAUUGCCAAUAAAAUGAGCACAUCGAGCUCGUCGCCCCGCAGGCCUUCGCUUUCUGCUAUUGGCGAAACGCUGUUGCUCACUCUGGACAAUCUCUCCCACAAUAAUGCGUUGAGCCAGGUGGAUUCCAAAGGGUUUUCCAGAACGAACUCCAACUCGUCUUGGGAUGGCUUUGCCAAAUUGUCCAAGACCCAAUCGAACUCUUCGUCCACCUCCAAGAUUUCUGGAACCACUGGAAGCACUCAGAAGAUUGGAAAGAUCGGAGUGUGUGCCAUGGACGCCAAAGCUAUGUCCAAACCAUGUAGAAGAAUUUUGAGUCGUUUGAUUGAAAAUGGCGAGUUCGAAACAAUUAUUUUUGGUGACAAGGUGAUUUUGGAUGAGGCUAUCGAGAACUGGCCAACCUGCGAUUUUUUGAUCAGUUUUUUCUCCACUGGCUUCCCUCUUGAUAAGGCCAUUGCCUAUGCUAACUACAGAAAGCCAUACAUGAUCAACGACUUGAUUUUGCAGAAAACCUUAUGGGAUCGUCGUUUGGUGUUGAGUAUCUUGAACUUUGUCAAUGUUCCUACUCCUGAGAGAUUGGAAAUCUCCAGAGAUGGUGGUCCUCGCAUCGAUAAGGAAUUGUAUAAUAAGUUAAAAGAGGUUGGCAUUCCUGAGAAGCACUUGAAAGAUUUGACAGACCAAAACGAGCCUGAAUGGAAGAUGUUGGAUCCAGACACUUUGUGGGUUAAUGGAAAGGUCAUGAAGAAGCCAUAUGUGGAAAAACCAGUCGACGGUGAAGAUCACAAUGUGUACAUCUACUAUCCAGUUUCGACAGGUGGUGGUGGUCGCCGUUUGUUCAGAAAGAUCGGAAACAAGUCUUCAGAAUUCGAUCCUGACUUGUGUGCUCCUAGAACAGAGGGCUCGUUCAUUUACGAGAAGUUUAUGGACACUGACAACUUUGAGGAUGUCAAGGCUUAUACUGUUGGUCCUGAAUUUUGUCAUGCUGAGACCCGUAAGUCUCCUGUCGUCGACGGAAUUGUCAGACGUAACACCCACGGCAAGGAGAUCAGAUUUGUUACGGAAUUGACUGAUGGAGAGAAGACUAUUGCAAGAAACAUCAGUCGAAUUUUCAGACAGUCCAUUUGUGGUUUUGAUUUGUUGCGUGUGAAUGGCGAGUCUUAUGUCAUCGAUGUCAAUGGUUUUUCGUUUGUCAAGGACAACAAUAACUACUAUGAUUCGUGCGCCACUAUCUUGAGGGAUUUAUUCAUUCAGGCGAAGAAGACAAGAGACCUCAUCAAGAACAAAAUCCCCAAAAUGUCCCAAAUUAACCAAUCGCAAUUCGAAGAAAAGGAGCAGAAGUGGGUGUUCAAGGGUAUGGUUUCUGUCAUUAGGCAUGCGGACCGCACACCCAAGCAGAAAUUCAAGUAUUCCUUCAGGUCGCCUUUGUUUAUCUCCCUUUUGAAGGGUCACACGGAAGAGGUGAUCAUCAGAGCUGUUCCAGAUUUGCAGGUAGUAUUGGAGACCGUGAAGAUUGCUGAAGAGAAGCAACUCGAGGAUUUGAAGAAGUUGAAGCAGUUGCGUGGUGCUUUAGAGAAGAAGAUUAACUUCCCAGGAACCAAAAUCCAAUUGAAACCAUCAUUGAAUUCUGAGAAUCCCGAAAUUGUUGAAAAGGUGCAGUUCAUCUUGAAGUGGGGUGGAGAGCCAACUCACUCAGCAAGAUACCAGGCAAGCGACGUCGGUGAGCAGUUAGGUCAAAAUAUCAAGUUGCUCAACAGAGAAGCUUUGAAAGAUGUAAAGGUAUACACCUCGUCCGAGAGGAGAGUUAUCGCAAGUGCUCACAUUGCUACUUGCUCCAUGCUUGGUAUGGACACUUUACCAGAUGACUUCUUGAUAAUCAGAAAGGACUUGUUGGAUGACUCCAAUGCGGCUAAGGAUUUGAUGGAUAAGGUGAAGAAGAAGUUGAAGCCUUUGUUGAGACAAGGAGCUGAGGCACCACCACAAUUCACUUGGCCUCCCAAGAUGCCCCAACCGUUCGAGGUGAUCAAACGUGUUUGUGAGUUAAUGAACUAUCACCGUGAGAUCAUGGAUUACAACUUCGAGCAUAAUAAUGUGAACGAAUUCCAAAAGAACUGGUGUUGUGGUGAGGAUCCGUACUUGUUUAAGGAGAGAUGGGACAAACUUUUUCAGGAGUUCUUGACUGUGGAAAAGACACACCCAUCCAAGAUCUCUGAGUUGUACGAUACCAUGAAAUAUGACGCAUUGCAUAACAGACAGUUUUUGCGAAGGGUAUUUUCAUACGAUCCAAAUGACAAGGAGUUGCUUAAGCGGUUGGGAGAUCACUGUGGAGAUACCAUUAACUCCUCCGGAUUGGUUAGUGAGUACCCGAUCAACAUUUUGGCUAUGAAUAAUUUCAAGAUUCCCGGUGAGGCUCCAUCGACUUCCAACUCUAAAUCGAAUUCUGCAUCAAACCUCGGAAAUAUUGUCAACAACACUGCUUCUGCUGGAUCACUAGGUUGGGUCUUGAAAGGAGCAAGCUCUUCAAUUAAGGAAUCUUCAGUCAACAAUGAGGCCAACACUCACAAGAAUACCAAGGUUUUAGAGAACCCAUUCGACCAUCCAACAUUUGCACGUCUUAGAGAAUUAUACCGUUUGUCCAAGGUCCUCUUCGACUUUAUUUGUCCUCAGGAAUACGGUAUUAAAGACGAAGAAAAACUAGAUAUUGGUUUGUUGACCUCAUUACCUCUUGCCAAGAAGAUCUUGUCGGACAUUCAGGAAAUGAAGAAACACGACAAGGCUGCAGUGGUCAACUACUUCACCAAAGAAUCGCACAUCUACACUUUGUUGAACAUCAUAUACGAAUCGCAGAUUCCAAUGAAGAUCGCCAGAAACGCAUUACCAGAAUUGGAUUACCUUUCUCAGAUUGUUUUUGAGAUCUAUGAAUCUGGGGACCCAAACAGUGCAGGUGGUCGCAAGCAUUCUAUCAGAUUAUCGUUGUCACCAGGCUGUCAUACUCAGGAUCCUUUGGAUGUUCACUUGGAUGAUGAUCACUACAUCGGAUGUAUUCCAAGAAUCAGUUUGACUAGACAUUUGGAUAUGGACUUAGUUUCACAGAGGUUGAAGUCCAGAUUCCCCAGAGUCUCACUACCAAAGAAAUUCACACCUGUAAACAUCUCCAGUCCUUUGGUCACAGGUAUUUAG